GCCAGUCGCUUGGUUUCUGCUUGCCUCACUCAAUCUCUGUCAAAUUUCGUUCGGCAACACGAGGAACAUUUUGCUCUGUACCAAUGUCGUAGGGUGCUAGCAAAUUUUUGGCUCAUUAGCACAUUCUUUGGUAAGCCUUUACAUAAACAAACAAUUAUUUUUAUAACGAUGAUUUCAUCAAUGCCUUUUAUUUACCCACGAUUACUUCGCGAUGGCAUGUCCUAAUUGUCAUCCUGGUAAAGGAACCUUGUCUAAUUGCUUUGUAUUUGCAGCUUGGGGAACCAAUUGCACCUCUUGUUUUGUAAAAGCAAAACCCUUUAUAGUAAUUGGGGCUUUGUUUUCACUGACCCGUGCAAUGCAAAUUUGAAAAUGUUGCACCUACACAAUCGACGCGAAGGCACCAGAACGAUAAUUAAUUUGAGAACAUAAUUGUUUCUUCUUUGCUUGAUAAAAGAUUUUAUGUUAUUCUAUAAACGGGUGCACGAUCCCGUGUGGCCGGGACGCCAUCUCUUCAUGUAUAUCCCGGAUUGAAUAGUUUUAGAAGUUUUAUGCGGCUCUGUAGACGGUUUUGAUUAUGACAAAUUUGUCGCAGGUAUAACUAUUAUUACUCAAAACUGAGAGCGCAGAAAAUGUAUAGCAAGGUUGUGUCACUGGAACAAUCUAGUUUUCAUAUCGAUUUCACGAAUCAUGACUGAGAAGAAAGGACUACUUUAAGUUAUGUUUAUGCAGAACAGACAACCUUGGCGCUUGAAAGUGGUAAACGUUUACUAUUUGAUAUCUCGACAUUAUAGAUAACAUUGUGUAAAUUUUUGACAUCUGUUUACGUAGGAAUCGUUGUUAAGUGCUGCAUCAAAGGAGCCUAAAGAUGGAGGAAAUUGAGUAAAUGAAUGGUAGUUUCGUUGUGCCGGAAAGAGCAUGUCAUCGUUUAACCACGAAAUUGAAACUAACACGGCACUACCUGAUCAACGUCCGAAGCGAUGGAAAUCACGGCUUCAUAGUUUUCAAAGCACAUUGAGACAGUCCAUGCGAUUGAAGAAAGGAUAUUCACCGAGAACAGCGUCUUCUGUUGGUGAAGUAAAACGCGAACUUUCAGAAGACAACCGAAUCCAUGGCGCGAAUCGUUCGACGAGGCACGUGAAACGGGAAAAUUUUGCCAGGGAACAACACAACUCGGUGUCACACAAACAAGAUAAUGGCAUCAAAACAAAUUCACACUCACAUUAUCCGACUAGAAAAACAUCAUUUGACAAAUCUAGUUUGGACAAGCAGAAAUAUGAGAAAAACAAAACAAACGCGAAUAAUAAUCGAAAAGAAAAGAAAACUACGGCGGAAUAUUCUUCGAGUAACGCACACGUCAGAGAGCUGGCAGAUUGCGGUCAAAAAGCAUCAAACUCAGGGAAAAGAUCACAAAGAUGCAAACCUGAGAGAGACAAAACAAACACAGAAAGACCAAGGCUCUCAAGAUCUAAGAGCUUGAGUAUACUAACAAAUUUAUUUAAGAGAUCUAACAAGUCAAAAGAUAAAAACAACCGUGGGAAAAGUCACUCUUUUUCGCCCUCGCACAUCGAGGUAUCGAAAGGAUUAUCAACAGAUCAUGGUAUUAAUUUGGACACUCUGGUAACAGAUAUCGCUGCUAGCACUUCAUCGAUUGAUUCCUAUGGAGAUUACGACUCUCAUUUCAAGAGAAGUAAGUAUUACUCGUUGAAACGUUCAAAAGGAUCGCUGAUUUUUCCGAAAAAGACCCUUCCGAGAGCUUUUUCUAUGGACAAUUCGUUGGAUCCGUGCAGUCAUCAAAUGGAAAAAUCCAAGACGGUAUCCUCAAUUCCACCCUGCAUUCGAGUCGAAGAAUACCGCGAAAAUUCCCGUGGUGUUUUUGAAAGGGCUCUUACUGCGGAAUUUGUGCCUCGUUUGUCAGCUCAAUCAGGAAGAAAUGAUACGCGUUCUGAAUAUUAUCAAAACGUGACAGGUCGUUCAAGUUCGUUGGGGUGUAAAGCCCGCGCAGAAGUAGCUUCACCCCUUACAAGUGGCUCUCCUGAAACAUACGAAACAGUCGCCAAUAUAACCCGACCAGCCGCAAAGAAGUGUGACGCACACAAAAGACGUUCAGCUCCUCCUUCGCUGCUAUAUUCGGCUAAUGAAAACUCAUCAAAUAUUGGAUCGCCAUUUUUUUCUGAAUCGAAGAGAGAUAUUGCUCCGGGUGACGAUAAUUGCGAUCAAAUUGAACAGGACGUUGUUGGGUACAAGUCAAAAGGUUUGGACGAGAGAACUCUACCUCUGGAAAACAGCAGUUGUAGAGAUUGCGGGGAUUUGACAACUGAUAUGGGAAACAACUCAUCCUAUGAACAAAAACCGCGAAAAUUCAAUCCGAAAGAUGCGACAAUGAAAUUGGAAUUUCUUCGGUCCUUUAAGAGAACCGGAAAGUCAUUUUAUCGAAAUGCAACAGAUGGUGAGGCAGAUCCUAUCAUUCAGGAGAGCGAUUUUCUGGAGAGUUAUGAUCAAGAACUUGAAAAUGUAGUACUCAGUUAUUAUCCUGUACAGAGCAACAGUCCGGAUAAUCACUUGACAAAGGACAAAUUUAAUUCUUUGUACGAGGGUAGUGAAGCGCUUGAAGAUGGAAAACGAAUGAUUAAUACCCUUCAUAUUAAAGACGAUCAUGCGCGAGAUUUUUUCGGUGUUAAAUCGACAGUCGACACGAUCACGGACACGGAAAAUCACUUGGAUGUAAACUGGAACACAGAGGAUAAACUUGCUUGCGGAAAAACACAAAGUUUAUCCAACGAGAGAGUAAACAUUGAAGAGCAACUUUGCGAAGAGCACUUUUGUUCUGCGAACUGUGAACAAACAGAGAAAGACGGGUCAAUUCAACUACAGCAGUGUUUGUCUUGCGUGAAAAGACGUUGCGAGUUGACAGAUUCUCUACAAUCAUCACCGUGUUCUCGAACGCUUUCUGAAACAUCACAGGAAAAAACAAACGUUGGUGACGUGAAUAUACACAGUUUGCGUGAUCAUAAUUCACCGGAGUUAAUUGUUAGCAGAUUAGGCAAGAUUUGUACUGGCGAAGACGUAUUGGCUGAGAAAAAGAUACAAAGUCAUAAAGUGAAUAGUUUACCAAACUCACCAAGACAGUCAUUAUCACCUUUGAUUAGCAAUUCAACAAUGUAUCACAGUUUUCCUGAUAUCAGAAAGCUGCACACCAGUCAUACUCUGCCAAUUAACCAGCUCUCAGACAGCACGGAUAGCCUUAAUUCCUCUUGUAGCUUAAAUGCUGAAAACAGUUUUGAUAAUGACAAUUUUUCCGUAAAAAGCCGUGGAGAAAAAACUCCGUCGCCGCUUUUAAUUUCUCAAGAUUAUUCGAACUACAUCGAACAUGGUGGAAUAUUAAAGUGCGGCAACUUGAACCUUGAACAACCCGAGGAACGUCAGCGCUCUCGUAGCGCAAGGAUGCCAUCAAAGUCACCACUUCAACAGGUGCUUAUGACGGAGUCUAAUCGCUCUGUGUCUUGCAGCCAGCUGGACAAGAAUAAUGGGAGUCCUGCGAUUUGCACUAGUCCUCCUUAUGUAAGGCCACGGAUCCAGAGCCUUGAACAGUUGCCUGCAUGCACGGCAGAAGUCGUGCUCAGGAAAAAGAGGAGUAUCAUCAAAAGAAACAUGAUGAAGCACACUACGUCACUAACAUAUGUUGACAAUGUGUUCAACGAGAUGAUUGACAUGGGUAAGCGUCACUCUUACGGUGGCUAUGGGGACAAGUCAUUCCUUCGACUUCCUCAACAUUUGCUGCAGAGAUCCAACAGCACUGGUAGCUGUAACAGUUGUAAUAGCUCACAGCAGUCAAUCAACUCAGAAUCAUCGUUUACUGAGAAUGAUCUUGGCAGCACUUUCUCAAUGGCAUCAGAAGUGUCCUUCCCUAGUAACUUUGAUGUGAGUUUAAAUCGUUCUCGUAGUGUUCCAGGGCAUCUUGGUGGUAUCCCACAGAAUUCUCCUAUCCCAGAGGAGAGAGCCUCCCUAUCUGAGGUGGACUGGUCUUCACAAACAGGGGAAAACAGUGAUGAUGAAAUUGAGGAUGAUGAUGAUGAUGAUGAUGAGGUAGGUUGUCAAUGA